UUUUAAUCAACAUGUCUUUAAAUGAUCAGUUAAGAAACUUUAAAAAAUCACAAAGCGCUAAUGCAGAUAUUGCAGUAAAGCGAGCAGGUCAGAUCACACAGAGUAAUGACCUAAAACGAUCCUAUGGAACCAUAUCGAAUAACACCAAAGCUGCAUUUGAGGGAGCAAAGAAAAAAAAGAAAUCGACUGGUAAAGUAUAUAUUGGUCAUCAUAAAAGAGAUUGCUUUGUUUAUAUUACUGUUAGUCUAUUCGCAACCUGCCAAUACUGGCACUGGCCAACAUGCUAUGAGUCAGCUCUAUACUGUUAUCCAAUUCUUAAAAGUAGUUAUUACAUCAAUGUGAGCUUUUUAUACAUUUGUUUGACUGAUCAUUAUGUAUAUAUGUAUAUACAGGAUAGUGAUAGUCCACAAUCUGUCGUCAGCAUUGCUUCUAGGACAAAGGUUGAUAUUACCAAGAAUGCAGCAUUAUGGGAGAAGCUUGUGCACAAUGAUAAGAUUGAAUAUGAUUCGGUUAAUAAUACAUUUUCAUAUAAACCAACUUAUCAAAUCAAAUCAAAAGAGGAUUUACUAUCAUUAUUAAUUGCCAAAAGAAAAGAAGGAGGAAUGGACUAUAAAGACUUGAAGGAUUCUUAUUCAAAGUUGAGUAGUGCUGUAGAAGAAUUAGCAGGGGAGGGGGUGAUCUUGGUCGUAAGAAAUAAGGAUGGGAACCCUCGUGUGUUGUUUUAUAAUGAUGCACAGUAUAAUACGCCUAUUGAUCCAGACUUCAAAAAGAUGUGGUCAGAGAUACCCAUUCCUGAUGAAACUGAUUUACCAAAGGCACUCGAAGAAGCUGGUUUAAGAACAAUGGAAGUAUUCGAAAAGAAAGUGACAGCAGAGGUCAAACCAAAGAGAUCAAAGACAAGACACAAGAGAAUCAAGAUUACAAAUACUCACUUGUCUCAUAUCGAUCUAUCAAAAGACUAUGUACCAAAUACCAAAAAAUAAAAAAAAAAAUAAAAAGCUCCCCUUUCUUUCUUUCUCCGUAAAGAAAGAUAAAAAAGAUGUAUAGAAAAAGAAAAUCAACGAUUUCACGUCAAAAUAUGUUUCAACAUGUCAAACGGACAAGCAAUAAUAAUAAUGAAUUAAUAACGAUGGAUAAUACUUACUUAUAUGGAUAUGCAUUACUCUUUACUACAUUUAUCACUUUUUUCAUUUCAGUUUAUUCUAUUAUAGCAAGUAAAUAUAUGCCAUACACAGGCAAUAGGAUACUGGACUGGAUAAAGCAAGACAAUUAUUAUUGUUUACUAGUACCAAUUACUGCCAUUGCUUGGAUUUAUUGGAUCUUAUGGAACUGGAUGGGAAUGAAGUUCUUUCGACAUAAUUAAAAAAAAGAAAAAAGAAAAUAAAAA